CUGGGUUCCCGCCGUGUUCUGCGCUGAGUUUGAACCUAACUUAAACAUAGCUUGCCACUUCCCUCGGUUAGAGGUCUCUCUUGCGCGGUCUCUUACGGCUCUGGCAGAUUAAUUAAUUGUCACUGACACACAUUGUUAUGCAGGUGCCCCUUACUCACGGGGUAAAGGCUGAAAAAUUACCAGAACAGAUGCCAGACCACCAGCCUUCACCUGCAGAAAUUGUCAAUGAAUCAAUGUCUCGGGUAGAUGCCAAAGAAGAACUCUUGGAUGAAUGUGAGAGUAUUUGGAAGCAGAUGGAAGAGUGUCAAAGCAAACUAACACUUCUAGGAACAGAAACACUGCCAGAAUCAGAUGCCAAGCUCUCCUUGUUAAUGAUGCGAGUGAAAGCUUUAACAGCAGAGUAUAAUCUAUGGCAAAAAAGAAGUCCUGAAAUAAUUUCUACCAAUCCAGAUGUACUGGUAGCCUUAGGAAAAGAAGAGUUGCAGAAAGUAAAGAAUGAUCUUGAAAUGGUGCUGUCAACAGUUCAGUCAAAGAACAAAAAACUGAGAGAAGAUCUGAAAAGGGAACAACAGUGGCAUGAUGAGCAGCUACAGAUAGUAGAUGUUCUUAGUGGAAUUGAAGAGGAGAUGAAAAAUCAAGUUGUACAGUUUUCUGAGAAAAGAGCAUUUCAAGAACUGAAAAAUAAAAUGCUGAAACUAAGGACAUAUAAGGAAGAACUCUUGAAUGCUUUGGGUGAGUUCCUAGAAGAGCAUUUUCCUCUUCCAGAAGAAGAUGGAAGUGCUAAAAAAAAGAAAAAGAACUCUUCCGAAGAGCCAGCAGUAGAACUGAUAACACUGCAUGAAAUUUUAGAGAUUCUUAUUAACAAAUUAAUGAGUACACCACAUGAACCCUAUUUAACCAUCAGUGACUCGUUUUGGCCACCUUAUAUUGAGCUGCUUCUACGAUAUGGAAUUGCACUGAGACAUCCAGAAGAUCCAAACAGGAUUCGCUUAGAAGCCUUUCAUCAAUAGAGGAAAUUUCAUGUACUUUAAAGCAAAAUAUGAGCGCUUUUACUUGCUGUGAAGAUGUGCUUAUGCUUAUUGAAACUUUUUUCAUGUUAGCAACCUCUGCAUGUUGGAUAGUUUUUUGGUUUUUUUUUUGAAUAAAAACAUACAUUUGGUAAGAAUGUGAAAUAUGAAAAAGACAAUUUUCAAUUUCAGUUGCUCAUCAUAGCUACAGUUGUUUAUCAGUUUUCUUGCAAGUGAUGCCAAGAUUUUUUUCAACUGCUUAAAUGCA